AUGGGUAGCAUUGCUGUAUUUAGUUCAUGGACUAAAUGUCGAGCUCAAGUUGGCAGCCCUCAUCCAGUUUCACCUCAGAAGCAAUUGAUUGAUGCCCCUGAUAGCACUUGUGCCCAAGUGAUGCAAACAAAGACUCAAAAAGCUAAUAGUAGACGGGUGCAUGCAACAGAAAAAGAGUGCCUUGAACUUAUUGAUCAUCUUGAUGAUGUUGCAAUGGGUAAGGACUUGGCUGUGGGAAUAUCUUUGAAUAUGCAACUUGAGCAUCCACUUGAGAGACUGUCUGGCCAUCCAACGGGUAAAGGGGCAAAUAAGAUGUCUGAUGUUGAUAAUAUGCAGAUAGUUAAAGGACAGAAUAAUGUAUGUGAAAAAGUACAACUAGAAUACAAUGUUGAUAAAACCAGGACACAGGAAAAUCAGCCUAUGAAUGUUAUUGAUGUUACUGAUAGCAAUAGUCCACAGACUGAAAGCAGAUACUUGAACACUCCAAAUGGGUUUUCCGGUUUCUCACUAACAAAAGAAAACUGUUGCGCCAAAGAGCAUCCAUCCCUGGAACUAACUUUGAAAAGGCUGGGAGAAGUAAGAGAUGCUAAAAAUGUCACAGGUGAAGAAUGCAAUGUAUUGAGACAUUCAGAUCAGUCGGCAUUCUCAAAAUAUAAUACUGCUUCUUCUGCUAACCAGGCUCAAACUGGAAAUGUAGGGAGCUGUUCCCCUCUAGCCAAUGGCUCAGCUGCACCAAAUGCGGAGAUAGUACACAACUUUCCAUCUCAUUCCAACGUCACUCCUCCAAACCAACAAUCUAAUGGGAGCAACAACAUCAAUGACAUGGCCUCCACUAAUACAUAUCUUGGCACCAAACCUGAUACUUUUGACAAAAAGCCAGAGUCUGUAAGAGGGAUGGGCUCAUUUAAUUCUUCUGAACUCCAAACUUUGCAGAACAAUAGUAUCUCUUCGUCUCAGAAGAAAACUUAUGCCCGGGAAGAAUAUAUGGAAAUUGUUAAAGGACAAGUGGGAGGCUCUGAAUAUGAAUUCCAAGUCGAGCACACACAUUAUGAGCUUCACCGUUAUAAUCACAUUUCCCAUAAAGCUGCAGUAGAUAUUCAAUCAGAUCAUGAUCUCUUUCUCAAAAGCUCAACCAACGCUGCUCAGCAAUGUGUAUCAUCAAAUGCAUUUGGAGGGCCAGCAGAAAGUAAUGCUGCAAACUACACAGUAGAUGGAAAUGCUGUGGAGAGCGAUCAUGGGAGCAAUGGACAGGAUGGAACCAUGACAAUGAGAACGAUAAAUAUGGAAAAUGGCAAUGUGGCUGUGGGGAGCAUUGGAGUUGGCAGCAUUGAUAGGAAAAACAUUGGGAAUGGAACAGAUGAUGGACGACUUGCAUUGAGAGAGGCUGCCUUGACCAAAUUCCGUCAAAAGAGAAAAGAAAGAUGCUUUGAGAAAAGGGUUCGAUACCAUAGCAGAAAAAAACUAGCGGAACAACGGCCUCGUAUUAGAGGACAAUUUGUUAGACGAAUAGUCCCUGAAGCCAAAGAAGAAAAAGAUCACCAAAGUGACAACCUGGUACGUAUUGAUAAUAGCGACUUUCACCAAUAA